AUGUCUGGCUUGCCCCCCGUUUACAUUGUCUCUGUCGCCCGGACGCCAAUCGGCAGUUUUCUUGGCCAGCUCUCCAGCCAGAGUGCUACCCAGUUGGGUGCUCAUGCUAUCAAGGCUGCCGUUGAGCGUGUUCCUCAGAUCAAGCCUGAGGAUGUCGAGGAGGUCUUUUUCGGCAACGUCCUGUCGGCCAAUCUCGGCCAGGCCCCUGCCCGCCAGUGCGCUCUAGGUGCCGGUCUUUCGGAGUCUGUCAUCUGCACCACCGUCAACAAGGUGUGCGCUUCCGGUCUGAAGGCCAUUAUCCUCGGUGCCCAGACCAUCAUCACGGGCAAUGCCUCUAUUGUCGUUGCUGGUGGCACCGAGAGCAUGUCCAACACCCCACACUACGUCCCGAACCUUCGCGCCGGUUACAAGUACGGCGACUCUGCACUUGUCGACGGUGUCCAGAAGGACGGCCUGCGCGAUGCCUAUGGCAAGAAGGAGCUUAUGGGCAUGCAAGGAGAACUAUGUGCCCAGGAGUUCGGCCUGACCCGCGAGAUGCAAGACGAAUACGCAAUCAGGUCAUAUCAGAGAGCCCAGGCAGCUACUGAGGCCGGCCUUUUCACCGAGAUUGCCCCCAUUGAGGUUCCUGGCGGUCGUGGCAAGCCUCCCGUCAAGAUUGACCGUGACGAGGAGGUCAAGAACCUCAACAUUGAAAAGCUGAAGGCGAUCCGCCCUGCCUUCAUUCCUGAUGGUACUGUGACAGCUCCAAACGCUGCCCCCAUCAACGAUGGCGCCGCUGCUGUGGUGCUUGUGUCCGAGGCCAAGCUGAAAGAGCUCGGCAUCAAGCCCUUGGCCAAGAUCCUUGGUUGGGCUGACGCAGCUCGUGAUCCUGCUCACUUCACCAUCGCCCCUGCGCUUGCUAUCCCCAAGGCUAUCAAACAUGCCGGCCUGACGGAGAAGGAUGUCGACUACUAUGAGAUCAAUGAGGCGUUCUCGGUCGUCGCUUUGGCGAACAUUAAGCUGCUCAACCUCGACCCCGAGAAGGUCAAUGUCUUCGGUGGCUCUGUUGCCAUUGGUCACCCGCUUGGUGCCUCGGGCGCUCGCAUUGUUACGACUCUUACGUCUGUUCUGCGCGAGAAGAAGGGCAAGAUUGGUGUGGCUGGUAUCUGUAACGGCGGCGGCGGUGCCUCGGCUUUGGUUAUCGAGAACUUGCAGUGA